AUGGCAAGGGCAAAAUCAUCGACAGUGGCACUAGUCCUUGGGCUCCUAUUGAUGACCCUUGUAGGGGAGUGCUAUGGCCAAUGCAGUGACAAUUUUAAGGUUGGUUACUACAAAGAGAAGUGUGGCAAGGUUGAUGUUGAAGCUAUAGUUUUCGCCGUCGUCAAAAAGCAUUAUAUGGAAGCCAAAGACACCAUUGCUGAUCUUGUUCGCUUACAGUUCCAUGACUGCUUCGUCAGGGGUUGUGACGCCUCGAUUUUACUCGAUGGAAAAGAUGCUGAAAAAACUGCAAGUCCAAAUCAAAGUGUUUCUGGUUAUGAUAUCAUUGAAGAAGCUAAAGUUGCUCUUGAAAGAUAUUGCCCUGGAAUUGUAUCUUGUGCUGAUAUUAUUGUCCUUGCUGCCAGAGCUGCUGCAUUUUUGGGUGGAGCACACUGGUAUAAUGUAGAAACUGGAAGAAAAGAUGGCCGCAUUUCACUAGCUGAAGAUGCUAAGAAUGGGCUUCCAGGAUCAAGGAUUCCAAUCCUUGAUGCUAUCCAAUUGUUUGCGGAUUUUGGCCUAGACACCGAGGAUUUUGUUUAUCUUUUAGGUUGUCACACUGUUGGAACUGCGCACUGUAGCCACUUCCUAGACCGUCUAUUCAACUUCCACGACAGUGGGAAACCAGACCCUACAAUGGCACCAAAGUUUCUCUCAUCACUACAAGAUACAUGUAGGCGCAACAUCGACUCAGACAGUAAUCGAGCAUUCCUAGACCAAACUAAAGGAAGUGAGUUCAAAAUGGACAAUGCUUUUUUCAAGAGAAUUUUGGAAGGAGGAGGUGUUCUUGAAGUUGAUCAACAACUUGCUCUUAAUCCAUUGACAAGAAACAUUGUUGUUAGAGCUGCUAAUGAUGAUAAUAUCUUCAAAGCUAAAAUUGGUCCAGCUAUGCGUAAAAUGGGAUUAAUUGGUGUUCUUACUGAAGGUGAAGUUAGAGUUGGAACUUGCAAAAAGGUUGUUUGA